AAGACAAGCUUCAAAUCAUCAGGAAGAGCUGAAAUCUGUAAAGACUGAGUUUAUUAAAGAGGACAGAGAGAAGAUGAGAGACCCAGAACCCUGCAGAAUCAAACACACUGAAGAUACUCAAGAACUAACAGAUUGAGUCUCCACACCAGAGGAGUCCCCAACAACAUGCAUGCUAGGUCAAAAAAGUCUUUAAUUAUCUUAUAAUAUGCACUUAUUUUUACCUCAUUUGUUCAAUAUUCCCAAACGAUUUGCUCAACGUAUUAAUUUUUCCAAAUCCCUCUUUGCGUGGAGAUAAUUAGUCUAAUUUUUAUUUCAUCAUGUCUGUAAUGCCUGAUUAAGCAACUUUUGUGAGGGAAGUGCUGCUUUGUGUACAGUUACCGGGGAAAAGCUAUUUUAUCCUCUUGAGGCGGCAUCUAGUGGCAAAGAGUGAAUUUGUGUUUUCAUUCAGAUUUCAUUUAGAUGUCAACAUGAAACGGCUUGGGAUUCGUUUUAAAAACGACUUGUUUCAAUGAUUCAGAGUCCACUCUUUCUUUUGAGAGACAAUAACUUUAUACAUGGUGCACUUUCAGAUUUAAAAAUUUGAAGGAUGUUUUCUUUCCAAUAGAGUUGUUACACACUACUUUAAGAUCCAGUACGGAUGCCAGAUCCUGUCAGAAAACAUCCACUUCGUCUGGGGUCUGAACAAAUCGUCAGCAGGAGGUGAUUGAAGAUAAUGAGAAAGAAGAACUGAGUGAAUUUGAGGAGGAAAAUAAUAUCAAAAGUGGGGAAAAACCCAAACAGAACGGUUUUAAGAAAAGAAGAGCCAAGAAAUCUUUCACCUGCACUCAGUGUGGAAAGAGUUUCACAUACAAAUGUCUUCUUGAGCGACACAUGAGAGUUCAUACUGGAGAGAAACUGUUCACCUGCACUCAGUGUGGGAAGAGUUUCACACAAAAAUAUCAUCUCGAUGUUCACAUAAGAGUUCAUACUGGAGAGAAACCCUUCACCUGCACUCAGUGUGGAAAGAGUUUCACACACAAAUAUCAUCUCGAUGUUCACAUAAGAGUUCAUACUGGAGAGAAACCAUUCACCUGCACUCAGUGUGGAAAGAGUUUCACACACAAAUAUCAUCUCGAUGUUCACAUAAGAGUUCAUACUGGAGAGAAACCAUUCACCUGCACUCAGUGUGGGAAGAGUUUCACACAAAAAUAUCAUCUUGAUGUUCACACAAGAGUUCAUACUGGAGAGAAACCAUUCACUUGCACGCAGUGUGGGAAGAGUUUCACAUGCAAAUAUCAUCUUGAUGUUCACACAAGAGUUCAUACUGGAGAGAAACCAUUCACUUGUGAUCAGUGCGGGAAGAUUUUCGCAUACUCAUCAACUCUUAAGGUACACAUGAACAUCCACACUCAAGAGAAACUGUACUCAUGUGAUCAAUGCGACAAAACAUUUUUGAGAGCUUCGGAGCUGAAGCAGCACAUGAAUGUUCAUCUGAAGGAGAAACCACAUGCAUGUCAUUUGUGUGGAAAGAGUUUUACAUUACUACAACAUUUGAAAGAACAUCAGAAAAUACAUACUGGUGUGAGAGAGUACAUGUGCUUUGAGUGUGAAAAGACUUUCAUUUCAGCGUGCCAUUUAAAACAGCACCAGAGGAUUCACACUGGAGAGAAACCUUACAAGUGUUCACACUGUAACAAGAGAUUCAGCGUGUCAGCAAAUCUGAAAACACAUGAGAGGAUCCACACUGGAGAGAAACCAUACCAGUGUUCACACUGUAACAAGAGAUUCAGUCAGUCAGGAACCCUGAAAACACAUGAGAGGAUCCACACUGGAGAGAAACCAUAUCACUGCACUGAAUGUGGGAAGCGUUUCAAUCAAUCUUCUUCUUUACACAGUCAUACAAAAAACUAUCACAGUACGUAGAUCAUCUUCAGAUCCAGCACUUUCAGAUCUGAAGAGCGCUCUGACCAAAUGUGACACAAUAAUGAAUCAACCAAUAAAAUAUCUUCCAGAUAAAUCUGUCAUUACUUAUGAUGGCUUUUGUUCUACCCGGUUAAAUGAUAGAAGUACUUGCGCUGUCCAAUCUAUUAAGACUGUGUCUGUUCCCCGAAUAUUGAGGUCAAAAUAUAAAUUUAAUGUAGGAUCUAGA